UGCAGCCGCGGCCCGGCCUCUGUGGGAGGGGGUUCUGGUUCUGGUUCGAACGGUUCUGGCUCCGACUCGUCGGUGACUGGGCUAUGUUUGCCUCAGGGGCCCGGGUCCGGCCGCGGGCCUGGGAAGCCAGCCCCGCGGAACACAGGAAGUGGGUGGAAGUGUUCAAAGCUUGCGACGAGGAUAACAAAGGCUACCUGAGCAGAGAGGACUUUAAAGUUGCUGUCGUGAUGCUGUUUGGUUACAAGCCCUCCAAGAUAGAAGCGGAUUCUGUGAUGUCUUCCAUAAGCCCAGGCACUUCUGGUGUAUUACUUGAGGAGUUUGUAAAGAUCGUAAGGAAGAAGAAGGAGGCCCAACUAUAUCAGAAUGAAAGAAGACACAUCUUCACGGCUUUUGACGUUCGCUAUCGUGGAUUUUUAACUUUGGAAGAUUUCCAAAAAGCCUUUAGGCAGGUGGCUCCCAGAUUGCCGGGGAGAACUGUUCUUGAGGUCUUCAGGCCAUGCAGGGAGCUGGAUCAGAAGUCUCUAAUUGGUGCCCAUAUGGAAUGUCGGUGCUGCAGACAGCAGCUUAAUCCACUAUACCACUGCCCUGGCCCCAGAAGUUUCAACUCUAGUGUCUUGAUUAGGCCUGAAACGGGGAUAAAACAAGAGAUGAGACCCCAGCUUCUCCCCUUCCUCUGGAAUCAGCAAGCGGCUAAGGGGCUUGGCAAAGAAGCGAAUCAUCUUUCAAGGCAUGUACUUGGAGAUCAGUCUUGCAAAGAGAAAAGGAAGUAAAAAGGAGAGAUACAACCUGAGACUGACAGCUGAG